UCGUCGCGAGCGGUUGCCAGUGGCGAAGAAUGGUUCUCAGUUCUCGUUGAUUUCCAUUGCGGAUAUCUUAGUGUAGAUAAACAAAAAUCCCAAACUAAUUCACUGGAUUCCCGAAAAUUGCUACCAUCAUUUGGUUCGGUGAUCAGAUACCAAGCGUUCGUUUGAUGUUUCCGAUUUGAAUAUAUUGCCCCGGAUGUGAAGUGUUAGUGUUUGAUCCAGUUUUCGUUGUAGCUAUAAUCCUGAUUAUUGGCAGUGAUGAUAAACCGGUUCAGUAGGAUUAACCUGAUGCAGUGGUUUAUAUAGAUGAGAUCAGAUCAUAAAUUUGGUGAAAGUUGUGUGGAUAAACGGAAAAGUUGAGUUUUUGUAUUAGCUAUUUUGCUAAUGUGGGCAAUUUAGAAUGAAAACCAUUGUGGAAUGAGUGAAUAUAAAAUUGUGAAAUAAAUCGAAAUAUGACAAAGUUUCGACCAUAAAUUUUUAAAUAAUGUCUCUCUAAUAUUUCCAUCUUGAGUGUUGCUGAAAAAGUUUUAAUGAAAUAAAGCACAUGCUUUUAAAAGAAUAUAAAUAUUUUUCUUCAACCUGAUUUAAGUUUGCCGCCUUUGGAAAAACUUUUCCAACCCGGUUGAUGUGAUAAACAAAUCUGAGUGACCCAUGAAAUUUGUGUUAGGCAGAUGUUACAAAACAAGCGCAGGAGAAAAAUGUUCUCUUUGACAGUCGGCGCUAUUGCAACGGGUGGUGGAGGCGCCGUGUGCCGCAUUCUAACGGCUAAAGUGUGAAACCGUUUGAAGAUACAAUUUCACUAAAUUAAUCAAUCAUUCUCCAGUGGUCCGCCGCGUUCAAGCUGGCUUGUUGUAAGUUUGUGUGUGUUUGUGUGUGCCGGAACGUGAAUCUUGACAGCUCUCGGAUCGGAUUAAAGUGGAUCAGAAUUGAGUAGCGUCUAAUUGAAUUAAGCCAGUUUGCCACAUUUUGUUGACCUGGCUGUUGGGGUGCGAAACGUGCCCGGAACCACCAUCGGUGGAAAGCUAGUUUCAUGUGCAAACUGUUGACGCCGCUGGACGAAACCUUGUGUAUCAAUCAACGCAAGUGUUAGUUUUGGAUUUUAGAGUGCAUCUUGCCAUAAUUGCAUCCCGUUGAUGUACACCAGCAGCAUCUGUGCAGCGACUGUGGAGCAGAGUAGAUAGAUUCUUUUCGCGAUACUCUUUUGGGCGAGACAAACUGUGCGCAGCGGGAAAUUUGCUCCACUGUCCAGUUGGGAAAUACACAAUGAAACGGCAAUCUAGUCUAGGAAUCAGCACCUUUAGAGCCCGGAUACGUGUCAGCAAACCACCGCAAAGCUAAUCAACUAUAAAUACGGAAACAAGGCUGUUUUUCCAUUGAAUCAUGAACAGUGGUGGCACGCGUAAUGAAAUUCUUCAAUUAUCCGCUACUGCUUCGACAAGUGUGAUAAGUAGAUCUAAUCGGGAAGCAAUUUACUUCCUCAUGUGCUUCGUGCAAUUUUCGCAUCCUUUCGGUGAGAUUAAUGAUUGUGAUACAAACAGUAGUGGAGUGGGCGCUGAUAACAGAAGAAAGCUCGGUGCGCGGUGUCUUGACGCGAAGCUGAACAACCACUGACCAAUAACCCACAGGAUUUCAAUUACUGCGUCCUACGCUGUGCUGUACUGCAGAGGAACGAUCAAAAAUGUCAUCGCUUAAAUUCAUCGACUACAUGAAUAUCAGCUCGUUGAGUAUGAUGGGUUUGUUCAAUGCUAGUCUGAGUUAUUUGAACGCAACCAAUGGAAGUGUCAGUGUGCCCGGUGGGGUAUCAACCAGCUUUGUGCCACUCAGCGGGGUAUCUGCUCCUCCGCCAGGAUAUCGUAUCAGCAAUAGCGGGCUAGUGAAUAACAAUAACAACAGCAGCAGCAGCAGUCUUGGGGGUAAUUUCAGUGCCAACAAUUUAUUCGUGAAUUCGUCACCACCAACGUCGCUAUUCAGCCUGAACGGGUCAGCGCUGGAUCUGAGCCUGGCUGGAAGUGGCAACAGCGUCGGAACGGAAAACUUCAGUUUUCCCUUGAAUAACUUUGUACAGAAAGAGUUUAUAUUUGAUCGGACCGAUGUGAGAGUGAUUUUCAUUACGCUGUACUCGCUGGUGUUCUGCUGUUGCUUCUUCGGAAAUCUGCUCGUUAUUCUGGUGGUGACAAUGUCGCGGAGGUUGCGCUCAAUAACGAACUUUUUUCUGGCCAACCUGGCAGUGGCCGACCUGUGCGUUGGCGUAUUCUGUGUAAUGCAGAAUCUGACUAUCUACUUAAUCGAAAGCUGGGUUUUUGGUGACUUCCUGUGCAAAAUGUACCAGUUUGUGCAUUCGCUGAGCUACACGGCCUCGAUAUUCAUCCUGGUGGUGAUUUGCAUGGAAAGAUACUUUGCCAUCAUUCAUCCCAUCACGUGUAAGCAGAUAUUGACCUCCAGAAGGUUGCGGCUGGUCAUCGUAGCCGUGUGGAUCACAUCGGCCGUCUACUCGGUGCCAAAGUUCAUCUUUGUUCGGACGAUUACCAAUAACCUGGGUAACGACCAGCUGGAAACCAUAUGUAUCAUUGAUCGGAAAGCAUUCAACUCAGAGUUAUUCGAUAUCAUUAAUUUUGCCUUACUCUAUCUGCUGCCGCUGCUGGUCAUGACGGUCCUGUACAGUCGGAUAGCGAUAGCCCUGUGGAAAAGUUCGCGGGGGUUGGAGCGACACAUUGCUCUGCAAAACACCACCUCCUCCAACUAUUCGGCAAACUAUAAUCGGAAACCCAGUCACAAAUACGAGAAACGGGCGGUGGGGGUCACCGAAAGUCAGGUUUCGGUUGAAUCGGACAAAGUGGUUGUGACGACCUGGCGAACUCAGAAUAGCUUCCACCAGCGCCACGGUACCCAGCUGACACAGAUGUCCCAUUCGUCCAACAAUGUACUGCGGGCCCGACGAGGGGUCAUCCGGAUGCUGAUGGUUGUGGUUCUAACGUUUGCUCUUUGCAAUUUGCCCUUCCAUGCACGAAAGAUGUGGCAGUACUGGUCAACCGACUACAAAGGUGACUCCAAUUUCAACGCACUGUUCACACCGCUCACCUUUCUGGUGACGUACUUCAACUCGGGCGUUAAUCCGCUGCUGUACGCCUUCCUCAGCCGGAACUUCCGCAAGGGGAUGCGAGAACUGCUGCUGUGCUCGUUGAAGAAGAAUAAAAACCACUCCCUGAACCAGCGGAUCCCGAUGCAUAACCAUUCCUUACCGACCGAUUCAACCCAUGUAGGAUUUCAACAAUGAUGCUACGACCUGAUCGUGUGCUGCCGGUGUGGUACCGGCCGUUGGAACCCAUUGGUUUGGUGGGACAACCACCAGCACCGACACGGA